AUGUUUCGAAAUGGUUUGGGUUUGAUGACGGGAUGUGCCAGUGGGUUUCUUGUACCUAAGUCGCACCCAUCUGCCGGCCACUCUGUUUGGGACGCGACCGCAGCGUCGUCAAUGUAUCGGCGUUCAUCAGCUGCGGCUUGUACACCGUGUCGUAUGGCCGUCCGGGUUUUUAGACGGAACUGGACACGAUUCCCCGUGCCAGUGGACGAUGACGAACAUCAGACCUGGUCUUGGCCUCACUCUUUCGUCGUGAUAGUCUUGAUGUUGGUGGUCUUGAACGUUGUGAUCGGAUGGGUAACGUAA